UUAACAUUAGCUCGUGAAAAAGAUAUUGGAUUUUGGUGAAUAACCUCUUCAAGGUGGUGACCUUGGUGUUUGAUGUCAAUUCGUGUUUUGACUCCGUUCUGAGAUUGAUUUGUACGUCUUGGUUAGAAUCUGUGUCUAAGUACAUGGAUCCUUUUCAGAAGAGAGAUAAAAUUCCACGAACACCUCCUGGUCAGUCUUUUAUGGACAGGUCCUAUAUCUUUGAUGGCACAAAAAAUGGUGACUGUUCUAUUUACGAUGAAUCGGGUAGUCGCAGGACUUCCGUUUAUGAUACUGUUAAAAGAUAUACACUCACUUUUGAUAACAAUGGGAACACAAGAACUUCAUGUGACCUGGUUUCACUCGAUGUCUCCUUAUCACUAAAACCAAACAUAAUUUCUAAAAAUUGUUUGCGAACAAGUUCGUGUACGUCUUCCUCACAAAAGUAUGGACUGUUCACAUCAUCGCCUGUUAAUGAGUCUACUCCUCAUUCAAUUAAGCAUCCUGAAAGGAAAUGUGAUGAACAAAUAGUUGCUGGCUGCGUAUUUCCAGAUAAGGAAAAUAUUGCACCAUCCGAACCUGUAUCUCCUGAAAUUGUCACGGUUAAAAAGCGUCGUGUAAGAAGAAAGUGUGACGUUUCAUCUGAUAAUUCAGCUGUUAGUUCGUCAGUUUCACCAGCCUUUGCCGUUCCUUCAACAGUUCGGCAGCUUAGACCACGGCGCAAUGCAAAUCCUACCAGUGGUCAGUCAUUAUCUCAGCAGACUGAAUCUUUAAUGACAUCACAAAGUGUCCGACGAAAUCCUACAAAAAGCAUUAGUCCAGUUCGUGAUAUGAUAUCAAGCUAA